AAACUACAUUUUAGGAGGCAAAGAGGAGAGGAGAGGAGGUUUUACAGCACACUCUGCUCCGUAGCUGCCUCCUUUUGACAGAUAACGAAAUGGAGACGAUGUUAGGAAACCUCUUCCUUAUACUUGCUUCCCUCGCAGGAGCUUUGGCGGAGACAGGCUUGGAUGAAAAAGUCUUUGUAUUCCCGAGGCCCUCCGACACGGACUAUGUUCUUCUCAAGCCUUCCCUAGAAGCGCCGCUGCAGCAUUUCACUGUGUGCCUCAGUUUCUUCACGGACCUGGAGCGCUCGUUCUCCCUCUUCUCGGCUGCUUCUCCGCAACACGACAACGAGAUCCUCGUCUACUUCAUCGCUCCGAAUAAGUACGAGGUCUGUGUGGGCGGCUCGUGCAUCGCUUUCCGUGUACCCAAAAUCACAGAGGAGACCAGCAGCCGCUGGGAAACGGCCUGCGCGACUUGGGAGUCCACGACAGGGAUUGUUCAGUUCUGGAUCAAUGGGCAGCUCUUGCCCAGGAAAGGAGUGGCCAGAGGACACUCGAUCCCAGCAAAUCUGGUGGUCAUGAUAGGGCAGGAGCAGGACUCCUUCGGGGGGUCUCUGGAUGCUGGGCAGUCCUUUGUUGGGGAAAUGGCUGAAGUUUAUAUGUGGGACACAGUGGUGCCUCCCGAACAGCUGAGAAGAAUCAGGAGGGACACGAUGCCCACGCCGCUGGUGGACUGGACAGCACUGAAAUACGAAAUAAAAGGCUACGUGGUAAUAGAGCCCACUUUGCAAUGAGCCCUAGAAGCAGGGAGGGCAUCCUCCGUUGAACCGGUUAGGUCGGCACAAUGAGUGUGCUGGAUGCAACCUACCCAGUUAGCGAGGACUGCCUGGAAGCUGUUUUUCUACUCUGCUUGGGACAUGCAUUUGCGUCUGACCCCAAAACUUGCCAACAUCCCUGGUUUUCUCUGUAGGAUCUUUGGUUAAGUGGCGUCCAUUAAUUAGAAUACACUUUUCUUUUGAAUUUCCUUGAUCGUUGUUAUCUGGAGGUACAUCAUAUUCAUUACAGCAGUGGUCCCCAAUCUUUUUAACACCGUGGACUGGUCGAGGAAGGCGGGACACCCCCCCACCACACUUGCACGCAUGCGCAAAGGAGCGUAUGCACUCACGAAGGCACAGGAGCACUUACGCACCUGUGCAAGGGGCAGGGGGCACUCCUGGGCACUCAUGCGCGUGCACGAAGGGGUGGGGGGCAUUUGCACAGAGGUGCGUGCAUGCGUGAAGGGGCUGUGCAGGGAGGAGUGCAUGCGGAAGGCGUGGGAGAUCUGUGUCCAUGGCCCGGUCUGACCCAGGCCAAGGACCAUCACCGGGCCGUGUAAUGCAGGGGUU